AUGACGGCUGCUGAAAUUCUGGACGUUUCUAACGAGAAGAAGUACUGGCGCUCAAUUUCUCAGGUUAGAGAGUACGUGGUUCUGGCGAAGCAAGACAAGGAGGGGAUGAUUUGGCGUCUUUGUCCCGAUGAAGAACCUCAUCCUGCCUUGGACGGGAACAGGCAAGGUAGCCAACACAGGGAAUGGUUCAAUGUUGCUCUGUUGAAACGCACAAUGCAUUUUAUUCUUGGUGAUUCGCUCGACAAAGUCAUCGAUAGAAUGACUCCAGAGGAAAUUGAUACUGUUGAUUCCCAGUUGCAAUCUAUUCAAGCCAAGCUAGCGGUUAAGCCAACCGUCGUCGGAGGGCGCCUCCCACAAGCGUUCUCCAGCGUAUCGGACUUUGUCGAAUACCAUCAACAACUUUUGGGCCAUGACAUCCCGCUUUGCUUGGUGGAAGACAUUCUCGCUGCCUUACCUCGCGACGUGUCCAUGUCUUUUGCCCACAGCGGCUUCUUCCCAAACAAUGUUUUUUGGCUCGCGAUCAUUGAUUGGGCGACUGCUGGAUUUUAUUCGGAAUUUUGGGAAUAUGCUCGCAUGCACGACCCUAUUUACUCGAGCCCUCGCGCUUGA